AUGUCUUCUCCGGUAUCUAUCAUGACCCUAGCUUCUGAUCUCCUCGUCCUCGGAGCAGGCGUUUCCAUUGCUGGCUUUGUCCUCAAAGGGCUUUUGGCUCAGUACAAGAGAUACAUUCCCGCACCUAUUCAAGCAACCUUUAUGGCACCCAAAGCUGUGUUGAAGGAGAUGAUGACAUGGUCUGAAGCUUCCGACAUCAGAGGUGAGGUCGCACUCGCGGCGGUGAUCCAAGUUCCUCACUAUGGAUAG